CAAACUGCAACCACUUGCACCUGCACCUGUUCAGGCAGCAGCUGGUAUUGCAGCAAGCUACCGUAGCUCCUCCGCGGCUUCGAGGCCUUGUACAGCACAAAGGGCCAAUAUUUCGCUGACCACAGUACCCUGGUUAGAUGGCCGGCGUGAGCAGAUUAUUGAUUUUCAGUCAACGAUGUACUUUCGCAUCGCCUUAUGCGUUUAG